AUGCAAGUAGACCGUGAAAGCUUAUCAGGUAACAGAAGCUCGAUAGUGAAGUUUGAAGGCACGUUGCAUGAUCUCGCAGAAGACAGCUGUAAAGGGGUGGGCUUUUACAGCGAUUUUGAUCAUCAACCGUCACAAUCUUGUACACCAUGUAAAAUGACGUCUUUAACAAGUGCCCUAUCUCAUAACCCUAGAUCUGAUUCAUCUGAAACCGCCGAACUCUCCCCCAUAAUCUCCGCCACAACUCCCUCAUCAUCUCCGCGCCUCCUCUACCUCCGCCGCCUCCAGUCACCGCCUCCAGCGCCCAGCGCCGCCAAACCCCCAGCCCGCAGCCCCAUCCUCCUCUUCCCGAGCCUCCAGCUCUCCAUCUUCGACCCCCUGUCCAGAUCCGCCCGAACUCACCUCAGGCCGCCGCCUGACCGCCGCCGGCAGCCUCGAGAUCCAGCGCCCAGCCGCCUCUCCCCUGACGUCAAUGGUGUCCUCAACACUGAAGAGCGUUCGUUACCUGGAAUUCAAGAAGACUUGUGGUUAUCAACAGAGUCAACCUCUACCUUAGAUGGUGAAAGCUACAAAUUGGAAAAUCUUGAAGGAGACUUGUUUGAGAAUGAACGAGCUUCCAUCCACUUUUUUCUUAAUAUGUUCUUUUGGAAAGUUGUAAAACUUCUUUAUGUAUGAGUUAAGAUCUUGGUGUGUAGCAAAUUUCACUUUAAAAUACCUCUUUGUUUCCUAUGUAUGUGGUAAUGUGAUACUGACUUACUAGAUAAGUUGGAUUAUUGGAUAAGCUGGUAACUGGUGAUUGCUAUGUUGUUUUA